GCUGCAGCUUACCGUGUCUACCGCGAUUCUGACGGCAGCACUUUUGCCGUGCCCGCGCCAAGCUUCACCGGCGGCUUGGUUGGCGUUCGUGCAGAGAUGGAGGCCCAUGGUUUGAAAGCAGGCGAAGUUUGCCAAAGGAAUGGUGUGCAGUCGUUGGAGCUGGCGGAGCCAAACCCUUGGGCGAGCACAGAACCUGUGCUGCAAACGGAGGUCGCAUAG